UACGAUUUGGUCACACUGUUUGCAAGAACAAUUUAUUUUUAUUUUUUGGAAUUUAUUUCAAUCAUGAAGUCCGAAAAGCUGAAAAGGAACUUUUGGAUUUCCGCUGAAAUCGAGUGCAUGCUGGACCUGAUAAAGGAAGUUAAUAACUGCCAGGGAGCCCUGUCCACGAGCACCACGCAGUACACAUUCAUUCAGAUCGCCAACCAGAUGAAAAAGAGAGGUUUUCCAAACAAGUCCCCCACUCAGAUUCGAAGAAAGUGGUUUCAAAUGAAGAGUGCCUAUCUGUGCUACAAGAAGGGCAACGUUGAUCGGCUUUUUCUGAUACCCGAGAAAUUCCGCAACGUUAUCGCCCAGUUUGUAGAGAGCGGUGAAAAAAUUGGGCGUUCCAACCUGUCCACCAUAUCGACAGGAACUCCUCCUGUAGUGCAACAAAGUCAGGAAGUCCUGCCAGAGGAAGACUCCUCCGCCAUGGACAGGUUCCUGAAUCAAAUCCGUAGGAACAACAAAAUGAUCAACAACGAGUAUGUAAAGAUGGAGGAAUCGCUACAACAAUACGAGCAGAAGUGUCAAUUCAUUCGGGACCGGAAUCUUAUAAAGCUCAUCAAUGGUUAUUAGUGUUAGUAUGUUUUUAGUUCUGUACAAAUUAGAAUAAGUGUCGUAAGUCUAUGAUUUUUCUAGCGUAAAUAAAAUGUAUUACGAUUUUAAA